AUGAGUCCGGCACACUUCACCGUUGUCGUACAAGCAGCGCGGCGGGUGUCAGCUGAAAAAUCCCCGGAGGUAUUCACCAUGUCGUGGAUAUGGGAUUGGUUUUCCAGUGUGCUCAACUUCUUAGGUCUUAGUAAAAAGAAUGGAAAGUUAGUUUUUCUUGGAUUGGAUAACGCCGGGAAGACUACACUUCUGCACAUGUUAAAGGAUGAUCGGAUGGCUCAACAUGUGCCUACAUUGCAUCCAACAUCAGAAGAACUUACGUUGGGUGGAAUCAGAUUCACCACGUUUGAUCUCGGUGGACACGCACAGGCUCGACGAGUGUGGAAGGACUAUUUCCCUGCUGUUGAUGCAGUUGUGUUCCUUGUGGAUUGUGCGGAUUUGGAGCGUAUUCCCGAGAGCAGAACGGAGCUUGAAUCUCUGAUUAGAGAUGAGCAGGUUGCUGGUGCUCCUAUUUUGAUUCUGGGCAACAAAAUCGACAAGUCAACUGCUUUAAGUGAAGAACAGCUCAAAUGGCAUCUAGGUGUUCAGCACAUGUGUACAGGAAAAGGAGAAGUGUCGCGCAGUGAUCUUACGUCGCGACCAAUGGAAGUCUUCAUGUGUUCAGUGCUACGAAGACAAGGCUAUUGUGUGUCGCAGAUGGACGUGCAUGCACCCUGCUCAGAGUCGCGUCUUCUGUCGUUUUGUACUGUACGUUUUCGCAAUCCCCAUCACACCCUGUGA